CUUCUAAGCACCCGCAUGCGGAGUUAGUCAGCUACACUAGCCAAAAAUAGUACUUCGAUAUUGUAUCUUUAACAUUUGAGAGCUUCAAUUGUUCAGCCUCCAUUUUACAACAACCACUACAUACCUACUCACAUGCUGGGUUGGAUAGACCGCGCACACUCUAUUAUUAAAUGCAGUAGAAAGGACUGCAAACAUUAUUCCAUUCACACGUAUUACAGCUCUACCUACUUUUAUCUACACAAUCAUUUUCAUCUCGUCUAGAGGUUCGGGCUCUUAAUUUUAGAGCUUCGUUCCGUUGCGAUAGUCUCGUCCAUAAUCGUAUUAGCAUAUCCGCCAAACAACGUACAUUUGCAGAAAAGACAGCCCGACCUAGACGCAAUGGACACGAUGGAUCUCGAUGUUGAGAUGGACGUGGAUGUGGACCUCGUGCCUGACGAGCCAAUAAUUCCGGAACCUGAGCUGCAAGAUACCCCUGGAAAUCGCUCACCCGGUGAAGUAGACGACGUAGCCGACGAUGAUACUCUGGUACCUAGCAAAGUCCACAUAAGAGGCCUCGAUGUCAUGAACCCGGACGACGUCAAAUCUUACGUUGCCGAGCAUUUCCCGGACGAAACCGUGAGAAAGAUAGAAUGGAUAGACGAUUCUUCGGCCAAUCUUCUGUUCAGUUCAGAUUCGGUAGCGGCGCGCGCUCUUAGCUCUUUAACAGUCGAAGACGUCCAAGACGUUACCCAACUUCCCCCACGGAAAACAAUAGCUGCCAAGCCGUUCUCGAAGAAGCCGGAGGUCACACUACAAAUACGAUUAGCUGUGGUGGCUGAUAAGAAGCAGGCAGGCGCCGCUUCGAGAAGCAGGUUCUACCUUUUAAACCCCGGAUACGAUCCGGAGGAGCGAUGGCGGCGGAGUGAGGCUAGGAGAUAUCGCGACCGGGAUGGCGACAGCUAUGGUCGCAGGCGAACAAGAGAGUCCCGGUACCAAGAGGUUGAGGAUCAUUUUGAUGUCAGUCUUUACGAUGAUGACGAAGCCACAUUAUCCAAUCGAGCACUGCAAUCACGACCUCGCCGCAGGCAAUCAUAUGCGUCGGAUACAAGUGAUGACACACGGGGGAGAGAUUCGUACCAGAGUGAAAAUCGGGGCAAGGAAUUGUUUCCCGGAAUUUCGAGCGGUAGGAGUGGGUCUCAACGGCAGCGGUCAGCUUCUCCUCGUGGUCGGGACGGAGAUGAAGUGAUGGGUGAAACUACGAACGGCGGUUCGGCGAAUCGAAAUCGUGACAGAGCACGCGCGAUAAAGAGCCGGAUAUCUCGCACCAAUCGGGCUAGGGAGCUUUUCCCAGAUGAGCCAACAUCCAAGGCGGGACGUCUCGGAGAUGACAUAGAGGAUGCAACUACCUUGUUAUCGAAAGGAAUCAUGCUUCCACUAAUGGAUGGAAGCAACGACGCGCCGAAGACUGCGGCCCGAAAACUAGAAGAUAGGAUUAUGCUCCCGGGGAGGGGCCAGGGCUUCAGCAUUCGUGGCACGGCAAGCCAGAGAAGCACGGAGCAGGGCUUCGCAAUCAAGGGAAAUGCAGGCAAGACAGCGAAAGAGUUGUUUCCCGAAAAGCUUGGUGUCAAUUCGGGGAAGGAGCUAUUCGCGGACAGGCUCGAGGGUAGAUUACGGCAAAGGCAGAGAGCAGGUGAUCUAUUUGACUGAUUAGGAGCUACGAAAGGUUCUCUAUGCUAUCCUUUCUGGGAUAUCCAUGGCGAUAGGAAAGAAAGGAAAAGGUAUGCCGGCAUUGCGUUAGUCUUGCUUUAUACCACUAGACAAUUCAUCCCACGAGGUUUCUUAAAAAGAAUGAGCCUUCCAGAUUUAAAG